AUGCCGAAAGUGAUCAUCUACUUCUCUUUGGGAACAUACUCACUGCUGUGGCACGUGCAGUUCUUUGGCACCGUGCUGCUGGUGAGAGACCGCAUGGGAGCCAUCAACACCCUACUGCUGGCAGCUGUGCGGCCGCCACUGGGGUCCGAAGCAGAGCUGGAGGAGCUGGUGACGCAGCCCUCAUUGGCCGGGAGGGCGCUGGUGGCUGAGGACGAUCUGCUGCGACUGCAGCGCGCCACGCUGGCUCUGCACCGAACUGCCCGGCUCUGCAGGCGGCACUUCGGGCCUGCACUGCUGUUGGCCGUCCUCAGGAGCUUCGCCUCGGUGGUCUCCUUGUCCUACGCAGUCCUAGAGACGGGGAGGCGGUCUCAGAUACCUGAGAGGGUGAGGCUGCCACUGGUGGCUGGUCUCUCCUGCUGGCUGGGACUGUCCUUGAGCCACGCCCUCCUGGCUUGCUGGGUCUGCUCUUCCGCUGCGGAACGCGCCGCCACAGUUGGGCUCAGGAUGGCCAGGGUUCGCCUGCUGGUACGGUCUUCUGGCUCGUCGGGAGUUCUGCAGCUUCCAGUCGACAGAUUGCAUUUUUCCGCUGCUGGAUUCUUCGACAUUGACCUGCCCCUCUUUGUGUCCAUUACCACCGCUGCUGUAGCCUACCUUGUAGUUCUUAUACAGUUUUCUGCAAUGUAA